GCUUGAAAAUUGUAAACCAGUGCUUACUUACUUUAGACCUAAAGAUUAUAAACCAAUACUAGUCUAUUUAGAUAGACAUGAAAAUAUUAAACUAAUACCUACUUGCCGGGAUGAACCUGAAGUUGGUAAAGCUUCCCAAGCUAGUAAUAGCAAAGUUGUAUCUACCAGAUAA